AUGGUUUAGGGUAGAAAAAACAGCAGAAUGUACAAGACCAGAAUGAUACAAGCUUACUUUGUGCAAUUGUUCCAAAAGAUUCAACCAGUUGAGAUUAUUAGAAUGAGUGAUUCCAAAAAAAAGAGCUAAUCUGUCCUAUACAUCUAUGAGGAUGAAUCUGAAUCCAAAUUUAAGGAGACCAUCAAAUACGGAGUCUUGGAAUACGAACAACAUCAAUACCAAUAAGCUUUAUUCUAAUUUAAAUAAGCAGAAUAAAUCCUAACUGCAAUAGCAAGUCCUCCUAUUCAUUAUCAACUAAUCAACAAAAUCAACAUCGGUACUCAUGCUUUAUAUUAAGGGUGUCUCAUUCUACGCCAUAGGAUGGUUGGAAAAUGCCUUCACUUGUUUCGAAGAUACUAUUUUGAUAUUGAAGAAAGAAUCCUCUUAGACACUAUAAGACUACAAUGUUUUCUCCAAUGUUGCAUAAUUUUAUCAGAAAUUGGUUAGCAUCAUGAAGCAUUGGCCAUCUCUAAAAUCGCAAUCAAAAAAGCAUUAAAGUUAAUGUUCGAUCUCCAUUCCCAUUCAGAAGAAUCCUUGCAGAAGAAACUCCUAGAGGAGAUAUUAAGGAAGUCCAUAGCCCUGCCCCAAUUGAAGCCUAAAUAAUAGGGAAUCAUUAUCACCUUCCCCUCCUCAAAAACUUAACAAUUAACCCAAGAGAAUCUUCUGUAUAUCUUCAAUAAUUGCCCCACUUAAUAUAUAGAAAAAGCCAACAUCCUUAGUUACAUUUAGAUGACUCCUUUGAACUUUGAUUCCCUCCUCCUUCAGGUGAAUCCCAGCAAUCAAUAAUUCCUCCAUAUAUUGUCCCUGUUUGUUAUCUCCCUAUAUUGCACUUCAACCGAAUCAAGAUUUAUUGAGCAAAUCUUAGAUCCAUUGCAAUUUACAGAAGCUGAGAAUUAUUUAUCCAGAGCAUUGGAGUUAGUUUACUUAUAUUUUCCCAAGGAUAUGCCCUUGGUCAACUAGUUGUUGAAUGUUCACAAUAGAUUUCAUGAUAUUUCCAAAUAAAUCAUCUAAGAAGAUGUUCAUCAAAAGCAUGAAUAAAAUUAUGAGAUCGUUCUUCUGAAACCUCUAUUAGAACCUUAAAAAUGUGGAUUUGUCAUUCCAAUCAUUCGUAAAUCAAAAUGUUCCUAUUUAAUUAAAGAGAGAGCAAUUUCCCUUAAAGAAUAAUAAUUCUAAAUAACAAAGGUUUAGAAUUUAAAUAUAGAUACAAACACUUAUGAAGGUUCAAAACCUUAAAACAGGAAACUUAGAUCAAUUUCUACAACAAAUAAAAAUAAACCUAACUCUCCCAAAUGGGGACUUAAUUAAGUUGCAGAAAUCUAUCUCAAGGAAAAGAAUGUAAGCAACCAUUAAAAUAUCAAUAUCACCAAUUUUAGAUAAACUCACUUCAAAAGACCUUAAACUAAAGCGAGCUAAAAAUAAUACUGCUUUGAAAAACCAAGAUUUAACAUCAAUUUCUUAAUUAUCAAUAAUUUAAAUCAUGUCUAAUUACCACCUAAAAGAAAGAGAGGUACAUCAUUUAAUUUAGAAUCAAUUAAACCUCCUCAAACUGCUCAGAAUAGCGCAAAAGGGAAUAAAGAAUUACUAAAAUCAUAUCAAAUGUAAACCAAAAUUAAAAACCUAAUUAAAUCCUAUUAAAUAUGA